CUUCUAGGCGCCACCACGCCUUCCAGCAGCCCAAGUGCAUCUUCGUCACCAGGUUCGGACCUCCGGCCUCGCCUCAGCUCGAAAUGGACCCCAACUGCUCCUGCCCCACAGGUGGCUCCUGCACCUGCGCUGGUUCCUGCAAAUGCAAAGAGUGCAAAUGUGCCUCCUGCAAGAGGAGCUGCUGCUCCUGCUGCCCUGUGGGCUGUGCCAGGUGUGCCCAGGGCUGCGUCUGCAAAGGGGCAUCGGACAAGUGCAGCUGCUGCGCCUGACAUGUGGGAGAGCCUGCUCCCGAUGGAAACAGAGCAACAUAUACAGACCUGGGUUUUUUUUUUUUUCAUACACCCCUGACUUGAUUGCUACAUUCCUUUUUCUAUGAAAUAUUUGACUGACAAUAAACUCGUCUAGACUCCUC